AUGAUUUACAAAAGAAAAAUUGAACACUCAACAAAGUUCUGUUGCAUGAAUUUUAUCUUUAGUAAAAAAAUCUUCAGUAAGUAUUAUCUAUGGUUCUUAACGUUUAUAUUAACAUUUGCAAUCAUUCUCUUUUAUAAAAAAUUAUCGACUCCUCUGCAAUGCAAUUUACAUCUUAUAGACAAUUAUACAAGUAAAUAUCCUUAUAUUGCACUAAUUAUUGAUGAUAGAACUAGUCAAGAACUUGUCAAUGCUGUAAUCAAUAUUUUACAGCACAUACCAACCGAUUGGAAAAUUCAGAUUAUUACACCAGUUCAAAAUUGGUCUUACUAUAAUUCAUCAUCUCUCUAUUCCUUGAUUGCCAAUGGACGUGUUUGUAUGACAUCACUAGAUUUUCCAAGAGUAGAUUUCACGGGCAGCGAGUAUAUCAAUUUACUUCUAACAUCUGCAUCGCUUUGGGAUCAAGUACAAGGAGAAAAAAUAUUAUAUUUUCAAACGGAUUCAGUUAUAUGUUCGAAUUCAUCAUAUAAAUUGAUAGAUUUCUUACAAUAUGAUUUCAUUGGUGCGCCAUGGCAUAGUGGUGGUUGUUGCAAUGGAGGAUUUUCAUUACGAAGUCGAAGAAAAAUGCUUCAGCUGCUUAAUAGUGAUCUUGAUCGCUAUCGAUUGCAUGAAACGAAUGAGGAUGUUUGGCUCAGUCGUAAUUUACCUCGUGUUAAUGCGCAUAUUGCUUCCACUACUGUCGCAAAAAAAUUCUCGGUUGAAAGUAUUUAUCAUCCUCGACCAUUUGCUGUUCAUAAGCCGAAUUUCCAAGUAUUAGGCUCAGUCAAUAUGAAACAUUUAUGCAGUGAUUGUCCAGAAGUUAGAACUAUUUCUUCUCACUGCUAA